UGUGCCAGCGCAGCGCGCACUCACUACUGUACACUGAUGGAGCCGCUAAUCUGUGUCAGUCCGGCACAGCCCUGAGAGGAAGCGACGCUGCCACACUCACCCCGACGGACGAUGGUGAGCCCGGCCGCGGCUUGAACACAACCUGCAGCCUGGAGGACGACCUGCACGAUGUGCCGCUUCUCUGACGCGGUGUAGUACAGUGACACUCGGAGGUCCGCUCAGAUGCUGAAGUUUACGCACUGCAUUUCCAUUUACUCUCCGUGGUGAAGGUUUGCACCGCCGCCGCUUCUGCUCCGUAGGCUGACGUGUUUAAGGAACUGGAAGAACUCGUGAAUGCAAAGAAUACUGACGCGUCUUCGCUUCGUCCACAUUCAGCAUUUGGGAACAUUUGUUUCAUUUAUUUUUUCACUUCACUGUGGAUGUGAGUGCAGCGCGUGAGGCAGAGCAGGAUAACCGGGAGAUCCAGAGUGAAUGAAGAGAAACAUGUGAAGACCCUUGCAGAGAUUUGACCUGCAAGUUAACCUUCAACAACGAAGAGGCAAAAGGUCUCCUCCCGUCUUCCCCUCGUCCAUUCUCUCUGCUGGCUUGGUAGUUUCCUUGCAGGCCCGUUAAACAUGGAGGGCCGGCGGGCUACGCGCAGGACUUUAUCACCUGACCCUAAAGUACGAGCUUUUGCUACUCUGCUAGGCUUUUGGCUCUUAGCGGCCCCUGCCUUGUGCAGUGGGCAGACAUUCACUAGUUUCCACCCCGAACGUCGAGACUGGCUCUUCAACCACCUGACAGUUCACCAGACCACAGGGGCUUUGUAUAUUGGAGCAGUCAACCGUGUGUACAAGCUCUCAGGCAACUUGACCCUCCUCGUUUCCCAUGACACAGGCCCGGAGGACGACAACAAGGCCUGCUACCCUCCUCUGAUUGUCCAGCCCUGUUCUGAGCCCCUGGUCUCCACCAACAAUGUCAACAAGCUUCUCCUCAUUGAUUAUUCCCAGAAUCGGCUGCUGGCCUGUGGCAGCCUCUACCAGGGUGUCUGUAAACUCCUCAGAUUGGAUGACCUCUUUAUCUUAGUGGAGCCCUCCCACAAGAAAGAGCAUUACCUCUCCAGUGUCAACCAGACCGGGACCAUGUACGGGGUCAUUGUACCUUCGCAAGGCCAGGAUGGCACGCUGUUCAUCGGCACAGCAGUGGAUGGGAAGCAGGACUACUUUCCCACCAUCUCCAGUCGAAAGCUGCCCCGUGACCCAGAAUCUUCCGCGAUGCUCGACUAUGAGUUGCACACUGACUUUGUGUCCUCCCUCAUCAAGAUUCCAUCAGACACACUAGCUCUGGUCUCCCACUUUGACAUCUACUAUGUGUACGGCUUCGCCAGCGGCAGCUUUGUUUACUUCCUGACUGUGCAGCCAGAGACGCCGGAGAACAGCAUGUCAUCGAGCGGAUCCUCCAGUGACCUGUUCUACACCUCUCGCAUUGUCCGCCUCUGCAAAGACGAUCGCAAGUUUCACUCCUACGUCUCUCUGCCCAUCGGCUGUGUGAAGAACGGCAUCGAGUACCGGCUGCUGCAGGCUGCCUACCUCGGCAAGCCGGGCCGCAUCCUCGCUGCCUCGCUCAACAUCAGCGCCCAAGACGACGUGCUCUUCACCAUCUUCUCCAAGGGCCAGAAGCAGUUCCAUCGCCCGCCGGAUGACUCCGCACUCUGCGCCUUCACCAUCCGAGACAUCAACGCACGAAUCAAGGAGCGCCUGCAGUCCUGCUACCAGGGAGAAGGAAACCUGGAGCUCAACUGGCUGCUUGGGAAGGAUGUGCAGUGCACCAAAGCGCCGGUGCCUAUCGACGACUCUUUCUGUGGUCUGGACAUCAACCAGCCGCUCGGUGGUUCUCAGCUGGUGACCGGUCACACUCUCUACACCGAGACCCGGGACCGCAUGACUUCUGUCACCUCCUAUGUCUACAAUGGCUACUGUGUAGCCUUUGUGGGCACCAAAAGCGGACGUCUAAAGAAGAUCCGUGUGGACGGACCUCCUCACGGUGGAGUCCAGUACGAGACCCUGGUGGUCAUCAAGGACGGCAGCCCCGUCCUGCGAGACAUGGCCUUCUCCCUCGACCGUAGCUUCCUCUACGUCAUGUCUGACAGACAG